AAAACAUUUCGAACAUGGCAUCAUCUACAGGCGACAAGACUGUAAAUAAAGUGGCACUUUGCUCUGCUAUUUUUGCUGGCUUCGCCUAUGUAGGUUAUUCUGUUGUACGGACUGCUUUUUGCCGCAAGUUAGGACGCAAGGACGGUGAAGGUACCGUAGAGAUUUUAAAAUUUGAAUCCAUUAUCAUAAACGGCAAGAGGGUUUUGUAUUUACUGCCAGUUAUCUAUUUACCUGCUCAUCAAACGUUCAAAUUUGGUGCUAGUUAUCCUGAUGAGCAUCGCCUCUAUUUUCGUCGUCUUUCUCAAACAACUCAGACUGAUGUUUUGUUGGGUAAUUUAGAUAUGACUGGUUCAGGAAAGGUUAUAUUGAGACCUUUAACUGUACAAGAGCGAAUACGAGAACUUAAUCUUCGUGCUCGCAUGUUUACUGAUACAAUGCUAGCCAUCCAAGGCGGCUCUUCAUCCCCUCGACACAGUCCGUUGCCUGGACCCAGAAGUUUACAGUGCUCUCCAUGGAGUUCACCACGCAUCCUUAGUCCUGUUGAUGUGAGGCAUAUUUUGGCUAGUAGAUCGACUGAAAACCUUUCAACAUUAGCUGCUCACGGGGAGUUGGUGGGCUCUCCGGUACGACGACGGUGGACAAGAAGAUCUGUGCGAAGAUCUGGUUUGGCCAAACAUAGAAGUCCUGAAGGUUUGCGUGAAAGUGAAGAAGAAGCUCGAAAAGAAGCAGAAAGAUUACUGAGAGAUGGUGAAGACGAACUUAGACUUAGGCUGGAAACUUUGACCCAUAGGGAUCGUGUUAUAACAGCACAUGAAGCUAAAAGUUUGGUAGCUUUGCUGCACAGUUCCGAUGAAGUUCUUCUUGAAAGAACUCUAACGACUAUUGGGAACUGUGGAACAUUCACGGCAAAUCAGGAUACACUUCGUGAAGCUGGUUGUUUGCUUAGAUUACAAAAUCUUCUUACGUACCCCAAAACUUCUAUCCAGUUGGCUGCAAUACGUGCUCUAGGAAAUUUGUCUCUAAAUCAAGAAAAUCAAAAAGAAUUGAAAGAUGUUAUUCCCAUUCUUCUCACAUUUGUGAACAAAGAACAACCCAGUGAUAAGUUAGUUCAGAGUGCCUUAUUGACUCUGACAAAUAUUGCUGUUCUACCAGAUUGGCAUGAUGAGUUCUAUCCAGUAUUACACACAUUAUAUAAUCUGGUAGAUGCGGCUACUCCUCAAAUAAAAUUGCAAGCUCUCAAGCUUCUGGUGAAUCUUUCUUGUAACGAAGAUAUGGUGCCUAGCUUAUUGGCUGCUCAGGCUCCACGCAGAUUAAUUUAUUUAUUAGAUCCGUCCACUAAUGAAGAAAUUCUUUUACGUGUUGUUACACUUUUAGCCAAUUUAACAACAGCAGCAAAGGAUCAAAAUCUAGAUCCCACAAUUGAUUUACCAGCUGAAGAUAAAGCAGCUUCACCUGAUACAAUCAGGUAUGCAGCUAUCUAUGGGGUAAAUACAUUGGAAAAGAUGAGAAGUAAAAUAUUUGUACUGAUGAAUCAACACAAGAAUGAAGAUAUUCGAGUUCAAGCUCGUAAAAUGUAUGAAGCUAUCAAGUCCUGAGAGCAGGCUGAAGACCUUGACGAUGAUCAAGGCAUGAGUGAAUCAAGAAGAAGUAUUUGGAAAUGGUAAACUGGCAAAGGGAAUAAUGCCCCUCACACAGGAAUAAUUAUUAAAAGCACACUUAUAUUGAUGCUGGCUCUAGUCAGGAGUAUACAAAUGAAAUCUAGUGCCUGGGAUAUUGCUCACCUAAUCUAGACAUUGUUAUAGCAUACUAGAUGAAAACAUGAUAUAUCAAAAUUUCCUCAUUUGUACUUGUCACAACUUAAAUGUAUGAAAAGACUGUGUGGUAAAAAAUAUAAAUGAAAGUUUGAUUUCACUUUUAUCUUGACACAAAUCUUUUUUCUAAAAGUGCUUAUUUAAUAAUUUUUUAAUGUAUUUUUAACCCUUUGCACUCCUAAUUAUUUGGGCACUAUGUUCCCAUCAGUUCUGUAUUUAAACUCCAUUGACACACCACUGUGGCAUGCUCAAAACGUAAGAAAUUCUAGUUUUGGCAUUAUAGUUUAGGAACAAUAUAAACAUUUUUGAUUUGCAUCAAGAAUUGGCAUUUAGUCUAAUAAACUGUGUUAACAAACUGAAAUGAUACAACACCAAACAUGACAGAUUUUUCCAUUAUUUGCACUCUGUGUUCUCUGUUUGAUAGCACUCUUGUACACAAUAAAAAAUUUGGAGCAGUCAAGAAUGGAAGUAAGGUUUCACACUUGUCUUGUGUGCUGCAGCCACUUCCGUAUAGUAACUUAAUAGGGAAGGCAUCCAUUUCAUAAUAUCAACAUAACAUUAACCAAUUAUCAGGGUCUAAUAAACUGAAAUCGCACAAGGACCAUAGGCGUAUACCAGUUGUUUACCCCAUAGUCAUGUGCUCACCAUUGAACUUUGCAUGGCUUUGGAGCUCAGAAAGUAACGAAAAAUAUACAAGUAGGACUUGACAUCAGAGUGAAAAAUCAAUUUUGCAAUGUCAAAUCUCACCCAACAUAGGAGCGCAAAGGGUUUAUAUUUCAAAUAAUAUUAUAGAAUAAGUCUUUUAAUAUUUUUGUGAUUUUUAAAUCAUAACCACUCUUUAAUAAAAUUAACUGUGGAAUUGAAUAUCUGGUAACUUUGAUGAUCAUCAUUAAUUUUAUAUCAAUUUAUAUUGUGUUUCAUGUUCUGUACUUAAAGUUGUAAAUAUUUUGUUUCUUGAACUACGCAUAUCUUAAAGUUUAAGAGUAAAUAUUGAACAUCAAAUGACCGCAAAAGAAAACAUAAUUUUAUUUAAAAAUAUUAUAAUGCGCUUGCAAUUUGCUGAGGAUUAUUUUGGUUAACUUGCCUCAACAAUCAGUGAUCAUAGGAUAUUACUGUUUCAGCCAUAACAUGAUGAAAUAUCACAUGUUGAUAUAACUUUAAAUAUAAUUGAAAUAUUAUAUCAAUAAGCCAUCUAAAACAGUUAUCAAUUGCCAUCUGAUAGGAAAUUCAUGCAAUAAUUUUUGCUUGGCAGUGAGUGGUUGUUUGUAAGUGCUGACAAGAUGAUCACACGUUUUUAUAUUGAUAAUUGUCAAAUAAGCCCUAUACCAAAUCUUUCUUUUUUUUACAAAUUUUUUUUGACAGUUGAAAAAAAAUUGGGGAAAAUAUUAUGUUCUGUUUGAAAACAUCACUCACUAACUUAAAAUUCCAAAAUAUAAAGUUUUUGUUUUGAUGCAGAAACAAUGAAACCUAUGAUUUUUCGUAAGACAAACAGUUUAAGAAAUUGAAUUUCAACUCUCCAGAAUAAAUGCGAGUUUUAUUACAGACAUUUAUUUUUCUCUUCCGUCUGUUUAAACUUAACUCGUAUUGAUGUCACCCGACAGGAUAUUAACUGCUUAUUCCCUUUCCCCAGCUGCAUCACAUUCUGUAAUUGCGAUCUCUGGUUAGUACUUGACUCACAAAGCUUACACAACUGCUUACAACUCUGCUAGGCUACCAUGAUGGUAUUGUCAAAGCUAAAUGUAAGAAGGCAUUUUUUAAUCAUAAGUGCUUAGCGUGUAUUUUUGUCGACAUUCCUUGAGGAGGGAUUUAUGUUUCUCCACAAAGUAAAUUAAUUUGCAAUAGGCUGUGACAAAUUUUAUGAUUUUAUUGUGGUUUCAAUAAAAGACUGUAGGAAAGAUGAACGUGCUUCUGAUUUUCAGUCUGGAUUCCUAAUAUGCACAGAUCUUUGGCAGGAUCAUUAGACGUGAAAUGAAUUACAAUUGUUUACGUAAGUCAGUAGAAUUUUGCAUCACCAUCUUUGUUGCUUAUCCACUUCAGUGCUCUUGUAUUCCCUCUUCUCUUAUUCUGUUCAUUAGUUUCUUGGUACGACUAGAUGUAAUUGUCCACCAAUGCAGAUAUUCUAUGAAGAAAUUAAACAGAACACAGAAUACAGGAAUUAAAGAAUAGAUAUUAUUUCCCUCUUCCUGGACAGGUUGUAAGAGCUAGGGACUCAAUUUAAUGACAGAUCUGCUCCUCAAACUUUCAAACGAGUAGGUGAUCACAUCAGUAGGUGGUCGGGAGACUUCACAAUCGGUACCAAACAUAUGCACACUUCGCUCUUUAUACAGAAUGCCCCAGGAGAAAACACCAAUAUUUUCAGAGGCUACAGUAUCGGUCAUUAUAAACAAAGAAGUGUAUAUGAACAUGUGGCCUAUUCCGAUGGUUGACUGUACAGUACGGUGCAUGUCUUAUGUAUGUAUGUCCUGUGUUGUGUAUAUGUGUGUAUGUCGUAUGUCUUUGAAGACUGCAAAGGGUUGUACACCCUGAAAAUUUCAAAAGGGGUCCAGUAGUCGUAUAUAAUAUUUUAUUUCCAUAAAUAUAGCAAUUCUUGAUUAUCUUAUUCUUUUUAAGCUUUUCGGGAAAGCAUCUUUCCAAACUGUUUGGAAACCCUGUAAAUGAUUCAACAUAAUAUCAAUUGUAUUUGUUAAUUAUAAUAUUAAAUUUACAAUUUUAUUGCCCUUGUAUAUUUUAUUUAUUUACUAGAAAACUUUUUUUUGUAAUUAAGAAAGUUUAAAGGUAAAGGGGACUUGUGCACAUCUAUGGGACUCCAACACAGAACCAUUUGUCUGUAAUUGGUAUUCUUUUUUUCCAGCUGUAUUAGGUGGUACCGUUUCCUUAUUACAACACAGUUUCGUAAAUUCUACCGACAUGUGCACUUUUCAACAAGUAUGUGGACACAUUAUGUCGCUUGUCUGAGUGAAUUUGUCAUUCCCAGGUGAAUGUAGCUUCAUUAGGGAAUGGAAUGAUGGCGAUUAGUUCAUGAGUACUGGGAAAAUUCUAAAUUAGACUUGUUUCCUGGGUGUCGAAUUUGCACACAUAUUGGGGGUGAUGUGGAUACAAGCUGUCUUGAUGCAAUUUUUGCCAAACAUAUGUUCUUGAAACAUCGAGACGUGCGUGCAGAAAGUGCUAUUUGUAGGGUAGUAGUAGUAGUAAGGCGCGUUAUAAUACACCCUAGGAUGUCUCUCACAUCCCAGCUUCCAUAUCUCUCUCAGUGUAGUGUUUAUUACUCAAUCCUCUUUUCACCAUUGCGUCAUCCUCUCUUUCUUCCCAUGUAAGUCUAGGUCUGAUGAGUAGAUGUAGUAGUAAGUUGAGUAGGCGGUUGCCAUUUUCACAAUAUUUUUUGCCAAUGUUCUUCGUUCAUUCUUUGCAUGUGCCCAUAACAUUUUAGUCGUUAAGGUUUAUUUCUAAACCUUAACAAGUUUUCUUCACAUUUCAAUUUCUUCAUAUUUCAUCAUUCAAUUUUCGCAGCAUGUAUAGAACAUCGUCUUUAUCUUCAGCGAACACCAUCUGAUCAUCUAUGAAGUGUAGAGAGAAUAACACAGUCACCAAUUUUAAUACCCAUAUUACAACAUUUCUUCCUCCAUCUUCUCAGGGCUUCAUUCAAAUAUAUUUUAAACAAAGUCGAGGCUACACAGCACCCCUGUCGUAAACCUUUAUUUACUGGAAAUGGUGCUGAAACGUUUCUUCCUACUUUUAUUUGGCUCAUAUUAUUAUUGUACAAAUCUUUAAUGGCUCUAAUCAAUUGCAUAUUUACAUUUUGUUUCUCUGUCGCCAUUAAUAUCCUAGAUAAUAGAACAGUUUCAUAGGCCUUAUGCAGAUGUAUAAACACCAGGUGUGUCUCCAAGUUAUGGGCAAGACGUUUGUCAGUUACCUAAUACUAAACACAUCAAUCGAUUUAGAUUUAUUUAAUCAAAAAACAGUAAAAACUGUAUGUGACGUACAUGAACGUACAUGAAUACAAAAAACUGUGUGACAAUACAUGAACGCCUCGCUCGAAAGCCGCUCUGUUCCUCGACAUAAAUGAGGUCUCUUUACAGUCGGGUUUUUAAUAUUUUCCCAUACACUCGGUCACUGCUGCUAAGGACAAUUAGGCCUCUAUAGUUUGCCCACUGUUUCCCCCUUUCUUGUAGAUGUUAGAGAUAGCAUUUUCUGAAGUCAUUGAGUAAUUCUUCCCCCAUAAACAUCUAUUUGUAUGGCUAGGGCUUAUAAUUUGAAGAAUGUUUUCCCGUUCCUCCACAUGAGCUCGUUUAGAUGAAAGAGGAGCAAUGUGUAUUGUGCCACAUUCAUGAAACGUCCUUAUCAUCGGGGAAAACACUAUGAUUCAGAAUUUUGUGCGUAGGAAACUGUUGACUGUAUUUUUCUACAGCAGCAGUAACACAUCCAUCGCAAAAGCCGUACGCAUACAACAAACCAUUUUAUUCUUCAUUUGUGAAGAUGGGGGGGCUUUUCUUCCAACAUUCCUGCAAUAUCCCAACAAUCAUAAGUCCUAACUGAUAUUUCACGGAAUAAAGUGCCUCAGAAAACCGGCUUGCUGCGUUAGGAGGAAAGAUCACGUGUGCGUCGAAUAGAAAAUACUGUAGAGACGACUAAUUACCGAAUUGAUUUAUCGACGCAACAGAAAUAACUUAGAGUUUAAUGUAAAUUAGGAACAAAUACAUUAAUAAUUUCUUUUGAAUUAAAGUAAAAUUUUAAGGGCCCCAAUUAAGUUAGGGCCUAGGACAAGUUCACCCAGCUGCCCCCCCCCCCUCCCGUGAGGGCCACUGGCUCUUUAUCUCGGAAAUCCUUCGGUUCAUGUUCGACUCAUGUUCAUUCGUGAAUUUUUUUUUUUUUUAAUGACCAAUCUUGUGACAUCCCAAUAAUAGUGACGUUUCCUCCUGCGACAUUCUGUAUAUAAAAGAUAAAAAGAUAUCUUACAACGUACGAACGUCCAAACUCUACGGGCCCAUCAGAAUGUCGACCGGCAAAGAGUCGGAGAGUAAAAAGGACAUUUCCUCAGCAGGAGAAAGUGAUGACGUUCGAGUUGGAGGAAUGAAAACGCUGUGAACGAGGCCCUCGGAACGAAAAUUGGUGGGCUUUGCCGUAGAGCAUGACUCGGUGACCACUCGCAAGAUGUGGAGAUGAUGUAUUGAAAAAAUACACUUUAAAAAUAAAUUUUAAAAAUGAGCGCAGUUAGGAAUGUUUGAGAGGCAGAAAACUCUACCGAAACUCCUGCGAUCCUCUCCUUCAACGCUGCCGUCGCUGAAGACAGGUCCUGCCGUUCCGCGAAUCUUGCAGACUAGUACGGAAAAAAGGCAUGUCUUGUCAACGAUCCUACGUUCAGGAGGGCCGUGGGUCCCUCGAAAAUUUCGAAAGGGUCCCCGUAGCCUUACGUAAUAAAACAUUUUAUUUCCGUAAACAUCAAUUCCUGAUUUUCUCCUGUUUAAGCUGAUACUUCGGAGGAAUUGGCACGCGACAUUUGCGAAAGAAGCUUUCCAAACCAUCUGGCAACUCUGUACUUGGCUCAACAUAAAAUAAAUAAAUAGUUAUAAAUAAGUAGAUGUGUGAAAAAUUAAUUGUAUAAGUAACCCCUUUCCAUUCCAUGAAAUAAUUUUUCGACGUUUCUCGGAAGUGUUUCAUCUGACUCUGCGAGCUAGGUGCGGUGGGAGAUGUUGCGAAGACCGCUUUUUGGGAUCAGCGUUUCGAUCCGCAGGCGUUGUUGGUUUCACUGAAAUAAUAGUCUCGUGCAAGGGAUAGGGCGCUUAUCUCAUCCCGGGAUAUAACAUUUUCGACGUGUGGCGUUGUGAAAUGUCGGCGACUUAAGUGACUGUUGCCCCAGAGAUAUUUGUUUGCCCGCAGCGAGCUAGUGUUCUUCCAAUAUGCAAUAAUAAUAAUAAUUAU